AUGAGAGGAAACUUGGAUUUAGAGCUGCUGACAAUUGGAUCCACGAUUUUGGAAUAUCAACGUCAAAGGAGAGUAUUUAUUGUGGCCUUAAAUGUCAAGGAAGGUGUUGAAAGAGAGGACUUCAAAGUGGUGCUACUCAGGAAUUUAGAGAAUUACAAAAUGACAAAUGUUUUGCUGUAUUUUUUGCAAGGACAUCAGGAUAUGAGCCAACCUGAAAUGUAUGUCCUUAAACCCUAUCCCAGCUAUCAUUGGCACAAGAAGUCUGACCAGGAUACAUAUUAUCCUCCCCAUUGGCGGAAUAUGCGGAACAAAACUCUCAUCACCCUCAAUGGCCAAGAUCCACCCGCCGGCCUGGUAUACUUGGAUGCGAAUGGAAGGUAUCAAAUGAAUGGCUAUAUGGCCAGAUUAAUCAUGUUGUUUGCGGAACGUUUUAAUGCCACUUUGGAAAUGCAUAAAUCCUUUAAAUUUGGCAACAUGUUAAGCUAUCGCAGCAUCAAUGAACUUAGCCUCAAAGGAGAAUUGGAUAUACCCAUGGCGUCAAGCUUUCACAGCGAUAAUACCUUCCCGCAGAUCCAGAAAACGGUUUAUUAUGAAAUGAUAAAACCCUUUAUGAUGGUACCCUGCCCCAAGCAAUUGACCUAUCGUGAGGUGUUUGCAGUGAUUUUAAAUAAAUAUUUCUUUGGAGGCCUGGUGGGAUGUUAUCUCCUGCUCUCGGUAAUCCAUACCGUGGUCGAUUUCUAUUUCGAUGGCCUUUGGAAUUUUAUAAAUUUUAUUUUAAAUGAAAAAAUUCUACCGGGGUUAUUUGGGCAGGCCUUCAUCUCGAGUAACUCACCCUGGCGUAGCUUGAAAAUUGUUUACCUGUUGGUGUCAUUUAUUGGCCUAAAUAUUGCCGUGCUAUUUGGGGCGAACAUCAAAACCCUUUUCACCCAGCCACCGUAUCACAAAUAUAUUGAGACCCAUCAGGAUUUGCGGGAGUCACCGAUAAAAAUACUAACCGAUACAUUUUAUGCUCAAGUCCUGACGCCUUUCUAUGGCAAAGAUUCCGUGGUAACAGCCCCAAGCGAUACGGCCUAUCUGAAACAAAAAAGUCGUUUUAAUAGCUCGUAUGCCUAUUUUAUAUCCUCCACAGAAUGGAAGGCCCUCUUUUCAAGGCGCCAACAAUUCUAUAAGCAGAAACAAUUUUGUAUUGCCCGUCAGAUUAUUCCGCAAGAUUUUUUUAUUUACAGUAUUUUGCUGCAGAAAAAUUCUCCCUACCUUGAGCCGUUAAAUGAACACAUCUUGAGGGUGCACGAGUUGGGUUUUAUGGAGGCCUGGCAGUCCAGCACAUUUAUGGAUAUGAUGAAAUUGGGAAAUAUCUCCCUGUUCGAUGGCUACACCAAUCUGGAUGAUCAGAAAAUUUUAACCGUAGAUGAUCUCUUUUGGAUAUGGAUGAUUGUGGUGGAGGGAUGCGGCCUAGGGAUG